UCGAAAAAUUUGAAAACUUUUCGUUUGAAAGUCGUUAUAAGCUGUGAUAGUGGCAUAAACGUUAUUCACUAUAAAUAUUUACUAGAUUUAAUGAAAGUUAUCCGUUAAAUGCAUUUCAUCAACACUAAAGUUAAUGUAGUGGCUACAUUAUCUUUGCUUACACUAUCGAAAAAUUGGUCGCGGUAACAAAACCUCAGUGCAUCGUUUACCGCAUCUUGUAGAAAAACUAGCAAAAUUGCACAUUACAAGAUGGAUGAUUUCCUAAAAAUUGAAAAAAUAGGUGAAGGUACUUACGGUGUAGUGUAUAAAGGAAAAAAUAAGAUUACGGGUCAGUUUGUGGCUAUGAAAAAAAUACGACUCGAGUCUGAUGAUGAAGGCGUUCCUUCAACGGCUAUCAGAGAAAUUUCUUUAUUGAAGGAGCUCAAUCACCCUAAUAUAGUAAAAUUAGAAGAUGUUCUUAUGGAGGAAUCCCGUCUCUAUCUUAUCUUUGAGUUUCUCGCUAUGGACUUGAAGAAAUAUAUGGAUUCACUUGGCUCAGGAAAAUUCAUGGAUCCAGCGGUUGUGAAGAGCUACUUGUUUCAAAUCAACAAUGCAAUCCUGUAUUGCCAUCAGCGCCGUAUCCUACACAGAGAUCUAAAACCUCAGAAUUUAUUAAUUGAUAAGACUGGUAUUAUUAAGGUAGCAGAUUUUGGUCUGGGCCGAGCAUUUGGUGUGCCGGUGAGAGUGUACACACAUGAAGUUGUCACACUAUGGUAUAGAGCUCCGGAAGUAUUGCUGGGCAGUUUGAGAUAUUCAUGUCCAAUUGACAUGUGGGCAGUCGGCUGCAUCUUCUCGGAGAUGUCUUCUAAAAAGCCAUUGUUCCAAGGCGAUUCGGAAAUUGAUCAACUUUUCCGCAUUUUCAGAAUGCUGCGCACACCAACAGAGGAGAUCUGGCCCGGGGUGACAGCUAUGCCUGAUUAUAAACCCACAUUCCCUAAUUGGAAUACAUUUAACCUACACAAUCAUGUGCAAAAUCUAGAUGAAACCGGCAUGGAUUUACUGCAGAAGAUGCUAAUCUACGACCCGAUGCGUCGCAUCUCUGCCAAGGAUGCUCGAAGACAUCGCUACUUCAGGGAUGUUGUCAUCCCGCCUGGCCUUGCUGUGCACAAGGCCUAUAUACGAUACUCUCCCGAAUAUAACGAAACAGAUAACGCGCAAAGUGUAUAAUAUCUUAAAUUCAGUGCCGUGAUUUAUACUUAAUACUUGGUGUGAUUCAGUUUGGAAAAGUAUCAAGAAGGUUCUCAACUUGUGUACCGUAGAAAUUUAUUGUAAUGAUAUUUGGUCAAUACAAAUAUUGCAGUGGAGUUCUAAGGUUAAAUCAACAUAUCUCAAGUUUAAAGUAUCAAGAAUGUUUGAUGAGUGUAAAAGAAUUACGUCACCGAAGUAUGCCUUCUGAAACGUUGGUACUUCGUAUUCGUAAGUAUAUUUAGACUAUUUCAAUAUGUAAAAUCUUUU